GCGGACCAGAGUGACAGACCACGUCAGAACAACGUCUGUAUUUAUCGCUGGGAUAUCUCUCUCUGUUCCGCGGUACAUUGAGCAACAAUUAAACUGAUUGUCAGCGGUGUCUGUCAGUGCUGUUUUACAGACAAGUUCAUCAGUUCGGAGCGCACUGACUAGAGACAAACUGCAAUAAGGAGUAGAUGUUGGAAGGAACUUUGAAUCUUUUCUGGAGUUGCCUGCCUGCAUUGAAACUGUAUUGACUGUAUUGAACUAACCGCCGCGUGAGCCAGAACCUUGGAGAUAGGACGGUAGGCACGAGGCACCGGGAGACAGGCAACAGACAUGACGACGGAUAUCACCGGUGCAGAGUUUGAGAUCGACGUGGAGAGUCUGGAGACCGAAAGUGACGACCAGGACCAGCCGGACUACAGCUCCUCUCUGUCCUGCGCAGGAGACAACGAGCCGCGGGCCAAGGGAGAUGACAAGCCGGGCACCGCCAGCCAGGGGUCCGGUGAACAGCGGAAGCUAAGCCGGACGCCGAAGUGUGCCCGCUGCAGAAACCAUGGAGUGGUGUCGUGUCUGAAGGGGCAUAAGCGGUUCUGCCGCUGGAGGGACUGCCAGUGUGCCAACUGUCUUCUGGUGGUGGAGAGACAGCGGGUCAUGGCGGCUCAGGUGGCACUACGGAGACAACAAGCUACAGAGGAUAAAAAGGGAAUUUGUGGGAAGCAGAUUCCAGCAGAGAGAAGAGCUAUUUACCAGAGACACAUCAGACCAUCAACGAUGCUGGCUAAGAGCAUUCUGGAAGGAUACCGUCCGGUGCAGGGUGACCCGUACCUGGGGGGCAGCCCGUCCCUCCCGCCCCCCCUCAGCGACAGGAUGAGGAAGAGGAGAGCGUUUGCUGACAAAGAGCUGGAGAGGAUCAUGCUGGAGAGAGAGUACAAGGAGAGAGAGCUGCUAGAACCCUCCCAGGCUGCUACAGCCUCUCUGCUCUUCCCCAACAGUCUGGUCCGACAUGCUGCAGAGUACAAGUCCUACAAGACAGCCCCGGAGGAGCCUCAGCACAACAACAAGGAACUCUGUUGCUUCCUGUCACCCGGCUGUGUGGACCUCUCCCUGAAAUAUGCCACCAGCCCCAGCAACAUGGAGCUCAUCUCCUCCAAUGUCUCCGUGGCGACCACCUACCGCCAGUACCCUCUGACCUCACCGCUGACCUCUCAGCGAGGGUUCAUGGUGUGGCCACGUGGCCCCUCCCUCCUGUACCAGCAGUGCCUGCGCAAUGCCACGGCCAUCCAGAACAUGAAGCCAGGUGCAGUUUGGGAUCCCAGGACGAUGGCCGCUGCCGCAGAAAGCGUCCCACCCGACCACGACGCCACGGCAACCACUGCCGUCACUGCCGCCAAGCUCGAGGGGUCGAGGGUCGCUGUGGGCCUCCUGGAGGGUUUUGACCCCCAGCAGCAGGACGGCCACGCCCAGUCCCAGGCCCCUCUCACCCAGGGGGGGCACCGCAAACGAUCAGCCUUUUCUCCCCCGAAGAGAGGCUUCGGACAGGCCUUCCCCCCUAGUACACCUCAUCUCCAGCCUCACCCCCAGCCUCACCCUUACCACCCCAGCCACGAACACGUCCUGAACAAGCUGAGCAAGGACAGCGCCAAACACACGUUAUCCAUGAAGCUCAACUCUUUUCACUCACUCAUCCAGCAGACACUGAGUGAGAAGGCUCGGGCCGGGACUGGAGAGAGAGAAAGGGCUGGGGUAGAGGUAGGAGCUGGGGCUGGGGAGAGAGCUGAGACUGGGGUCGAGCUCCGGGGCCCCUACUGUAACGAACUGCUGGAGGAAGCAGCCAGAAAGUACCGUGAAGGACCUUCUAAGGACUUCUACAGUUUCAAAGGCUCUAAUAGAUACAGCAAGGAGUUCCUGUCUAAGUCAGCCGAGACGAAGGUCGUGUCCAGCCAGUCUCUAUCCUUCUCUGUGGAGGCCAUUUUGAAUAGGCCAUCACCGGCAAUGAACAGAGCUUCACACUAACUGUAUGAACAGAGCAUCACACUAACUGUAUGAACAGAGCAUCACACUAACUGUAUGAACAGAGCUUCACACUAACUGUAUGAACAGAGCAUCACACUAACUGUAUGAACAGAGCAUCACACUAACUGUAUGAACAGAGCAUCACACUAACUGUAUGAACAGAGCAUCACACUAACUGUAUGAACAGAGCAUCACACUAACUGUAUGAACAAAGCAUCACACUAACUGUAUGAACAGAGCUUCACACUAAUAACAGUCAUGUUUACCAGGAACGGACUGGGACCAAAAAUCAACGGCGAAUUUAGUUUUUCCUUGAGACCUCCAUUAUCGGCUAAAUAAUGAUGAUUCUGCACAAACCCCUCAGUUAAGUCUGGUCCACUGGCUUGAAAUGGACCAAACCAUUUGUGACAUUGGACCAACUUCCCUAUGACAUAUCUGUUUCUGUCUGCUCUGAACUAUGUAGUGCUCUCUCAGACCAUCUACUGUCCAAGGAUUUGAUCAGGCAAUUGUUUCAACUGGUCUUCCAUUGCACAGACACUCAGACACACAGACACACAGACACUCAGACACACAGACACUCAGACACACAGACACUCAGACACUCAGACACUCAGACACACAGACACUCAGACACUCAGACACACAGACACUCAGACACACAGACACUCAGACACUCAGACACACAGACACUCAGACACUCAGACACUCAGACACUAAGACACACAGACACACAGACACUCAGACACUCAGACACUCAGACACUAAGACACACAGACACUCAGACACACAGACACUCAGACACUCAGACACACAGACACUCAGACACUCAGACACUAAGACACACAGACACUCAGACACUCAGACACUCAGACACUCAGACACUCAGACACUCAGACACACAGACACUCAGACACUCAGACACUCAGACACUCAGACACUAAGACACACAGACACUCAGACACUCAGACACUCAGACACUCAGACACUCAGACACUCAGACACACAGACACUCAGACACUCAGACACUCAGACACACAGACACUCAGACACACAGACACACAGACACUCAGACACUCAGACACUCAGACACACAGACACUCAGACACACAGACACUCAGACACUCAGACACUCAGACACACAGACACUCAGACACACAGACACACAGACACUCAGACACACAGACACUCAGACACUCAGACACUCAGACACUCAGACACACAGACACUCAGACACUCAGACACUCAGACACUAAGACACACAGACACACAGACACUCAGACACUCAGACACUCAGACACACAGACACACAGACACACAGACACACAGACACUCAGACACUCAGACACUCAGACACUAAGACACACAGACACUCAGACACUCAGACACUCAGACACUCAGACACUAAGACACACAGACACACAGACACUCAGACACCCAGACACUCAGACACACAGACACUCAGACACUCAGACACUCAGACACUCAGACACUCAGACACUCAGACACUCAGACACACAGACACUCAGACACACAGACACUCCAUUAGAUGCAGAAGUCUGUCACUGUACUUGUUGCUGUAGUUGGUCUAUUUUGUUAUUAUUUUUAAAUAAGCACUGCCUCUCAGUACCGAUAUACUUCAAGCAGUAAUGUAAAUGAUUAUAUGUAUAUUAUAUUUUAAAUGAGCAUGUUGUAAAUCUCUUUAUGGUGUAGAUUAUUUAAAUGUAUCACUAAUGUGUCAAUAAACUUUAUAAAUGAUCAA